AUGGCUUCGACACUUUAUAUCGUAUCCGUGAUUUGGUGCCUGCUAUUACCGACAGCAAGUAGCGGACAAGGUCUCAACUUCAGCAUACCCAACGGAUGGCGAAAUGGGACUUCACUUACCUUGGACUCGCUCAUUCCCCUCGCUCAGAAUGCCGUCAACUCUGUGAAGCCUUUGACCGAUUCUACUAAUGGUACAAACUAUGCGCUCGAUACCUGGCAAUCGGCAAACUUACUCGCAAGUAUCUCACAACUCGACUACGUAUCGGGAUCCAAGGAUCAUUAUGAUCUUGUAUAUAAAAGCAUCUCUGCCUUCCAAGGAAGUCAUCCGAUGUUCUUCGAUUCUCAAAUCCUGCGCAAUACCACCAGUGACCCACUCAUGUGGGCCCUAGCGGCGUUUUACGGCUGGCGAGCGUACAACGACGCGGCUCUGCAAGAUAUCGCGGUUGAAGUCUGGAAUCAAGUGCAGGCUUCCGUGGUUGUUAACCAGACGAUAUCGGAUUCAGGGACUCUUCAGACGAAGGACAACAGCACCUUCGAGACAGGAUGUUCGUCGGUUAUGCAUAAAACGCUAAGAGGAGCAGUGUUACAGCAUAUGACGGAUCCGAGCAAUGCCGAAUCCAAAGCGAGAACAGUCGGGGCUUAUGUGGCACUGUCUGCACACCUUUGGAAUUCUACUCAAGACAGCAGGUAUUAUACUGCUGCAAAUGACUCGAUACAGUUUAUACACGACAACCUAUACUCGAAUUCAUCGCACACCAUCCAGGACACAUUCGACCUUUCGUCAUGCCAGGUACAAGACCCGCACCAAUGGACAAUCAACCAAGGGUUCUUGAUCGAGGGCCUCUCAGUACUGAUCUCAGCAUCAGACUCGACAUGGACAUCCCUGUUUCAAACGCUUGUGCAAUCUUCCACCAAUUCUUCUGAGUGGACGAACGGAACCGGGGUCAUUAACGAACCCUCUCUUCAGCAAGACCCGACGAAGCAAGACCCGACGCAGGACUCGGCACACUUCACCUACAAGAAUGCACUCAUCAAUGCCCUACUGGAGACCUGGUCCUGGCAGUCUCAAGCAUCUAACUCUGACACGAUGAAUAUGGCAAAGUAUGUAAAGGCCUUCGUUGAUGUACAGUUCAAUGCGCUGCGAAAUCUUUCAACACUCAAUAACGGCUCAUACCCUCCCGUUUGGACAUCGGAGUCACCACUCAACACUCAAGUCCCGUGGGGUCAACUCGCGGCGCUACCGGUCCUCAAUGCAGAAGUUCUAUUUGCGAAUCGAUUAUCUGCCGCAAGUGGUCCGGCGACGAGUACCUCUUCUACGUCUCCCACACCGUCCGGAGCUCCACCGUCUGGUUCACAUGCAUCUACAUCAUCUCGCUCGCUGCAUGGCGGAGCCAUUGCUGGGAUCGUCGUGGGGGCCAUCGCAGGAGCUGCGCUGUUGGUCGUAGCCGCCUUCCUCGCCAGACGCUACAAGAGACGCGCCGCGGAGAGGAAAGACAGAGAGGUUCGCAUCCGGACGUUCAAUCCCAGCGCCAUGUAUCGCCAACGCGAAGACGCGGGAGCUGCGGGAGAACUCCCGGUGGGCCACAUAGUGAAGGAUAGGCACGGUUAUGGAUCGGGGCAGACGUAUGUGGGCACCCCGCCGUUGGGUGAUCUUGAUGGCAUGAAGCCUCUAGCUCCCAGCCCGUUUACUGAGAAAGCGACUGCCGGUCGGGGAGCCUGA